GUUUUCUCCAAAUGUACUCGUAAUUCACUUAACAAAAACAAUGUUGCUAUAGAUAUUUAAAAAAAUGAAAGAUUAAAAAAAAUUCACUAGAUUUAAAACUAAAAUGGAAAUCUGUAUUUUAUGGAUGGCUAAAUCAGUGAAGACACACGUGCCAAGGAUCAGCUUCCGGAAGGGUUCGCAGAAGGUCAAGAAGACGACUGAAGAAACACAGAUGGAGAAGUCAGAGACGAUGGAGAGUCAUGAAGAGUAUGACCAGACAGAUCUACCUUCGAGGUACCGGCGGAGAAAGCCUGACGAAAAUCAAAUCAGGGCAAUCAACAGUGGAGGAGCAGAGUGAGGCCAUCCUUUUAAUAAAACUUGGGUAUAUAUUUUUUAAUAUGCCUUGUCAAAUUAAUAUAGUGCUGUAUCUUUCAUAAAAUAAAUAACGUCAUUAACUCUAAGUAUAUAUUGUAUUGACUAUUUAGGUAUAUAUUGUUUCCAUUACCUUAUAAUCGAUAAAGACCUUCAUGUAU